AGCUUAACAAUCAGGCGCAGCUGGGGCCUCCCUACCGUAAGACACAGGGGUCCUGGGAGUCGUUUCGCUAACAAAGCAGGCUGCAAAAUGUCGGGAGAGGUGUAUCUCCUGUGGCUUCUUUCGCUACUACAGACGCUGUCGGCGUACGGUGCCGACCUGUCGUCUGAGGCCUGCAGGGAGCUGGGCUUCUCCAGCAACCUGCUGUGCAGCUCCUGUGACCUGCUUGGGGAGUUCAGCCUCAACAAGCUCCAACCCAACUGCCGGCAGUGCUGCCAGCAGGAGGCCCAGAUGGAAGCACGCAAGCUGUACGCCGGGGCCAUCCUCGAGGUGUGUGGAUGAAAAUUGGGGAGGUUCCCUCAAGUCCAAGCUUUUGUCAGGAGCGACAAGCCGAAGAUGUUCAAGGGUCUUCAGAUCAAGUACGUUAGAGGCUCGGAUCCUGUGCUCAAGCUUUUGGACGAUAACGGGAACAUCGCUGAAGAGCUCAGCAUCCUCAAGUGGAACACUGACAGCGUGGAGGAGUUCCUGAGUGAGAAGUUAGACCGAAUAUAGACACCAAGAGUCCAAUUUUUGUUCUAUAUAUUUUUUUUUUAGUUUAAAAGGUCGGUUCGCUCAAACUAAAAAGAAAAAAAUAUUUGACCACUUCUUGUUUAGCCCAGCUGUGCAGACAGUUUCUCUGAACUUAUGUUUGUGACGCAUUCAUAGUUAUCUGCAACUUGUCUUUCCCUAAACUGUGAGCAGAUUAAUAACCUUAAAUCUUGUCAGCUUUACAAACCGGUACUACUCAAGAAACCGUCCACGUGACAACAACAAGCACACUGUUCCCAGUAAGAUCUAAAUGUAAUGCUUCACUAUUUUGUAAAAAUCCCGUCAUGAUUCAGUUCAUUUGGCAGAUAUCACAAAACACAUCUUUUAGAAACUCAAGAAAAUAAAGCAAACUACGUGCACAGCUGGAGGAAAGUGAGCAAAUAUUUUUAGUUUUUGUAGUUUAUGUGAACCGACAGUUUAAUAAUUUACCGAUUUGAACACAACUUGGCCUGGAUAGCUGGUUGCCAAGUCCCUGCUCGAUGCGACUGUUUUUGUAUCUGAAAAUCAUGAAUUUCUUGUCAGGUUUUUACCAAAAAACAAAACAAAAACUCAUGUGAGAUUGUGAAAAAGCAUAAUCACGGAGCCCAGAGGGGCAGCACGCCCUAAAUGGUUUUACAGGCUAAUCAUGGCAAUCUGUGCGUUCGGUUUCAAAAACACUUCUGCACAUCAUGAAGCGUUUCAUCGUCUACCUGUGGGAGUUUCCGUUUCCCCUCCUCUCUGUCUGUCUGAUAUUCUUGUAUAAUUAUUUUUUUAUAAUGCUGAACAUUGUGACUGAUGGGAUUUGCAGUAAGAGCGAAUGGAUCCUAGUUUGUCCUCGAACACAGACGUCUCUGCUGAGGAACACUUUAGUGAAGAUCUCACAGUAAACCAGAGUUGGAAUGUGAGGUCUGAUGUAAAAUGUGUGUUUUCCUGCAUCUUCUGCUUUGGAGACAAACUGGAUUUGUUUUGGAAGCAUGUUUUUCAGCAAGUGAGAUGACGGUUUAAAUAUGCAACAAUAAACAAAGUCUCUCAUA